AUGAACACGGUCAGUAUUGGGGAGUACCAUGGGCUGCGGGUGGGCUCUGCCCUGCUCAGCAUUGUAGCGGGCUGCAUCAUCAUCGGUGUGUCAAAGGACUGUGAUGCAGAUGCUGUGGGGGGCAUCUUCCUGGGGGCAGGAGGGCUUGGUCUCCUCAUUUCAGUCUACCCGUUCAUUAGAGCAUGGUUCAACUUCCAUCACAUACUGCCCAAUAUAGGUAACUUCAGAGUGCACCCGAUGGCUUCAAAUCCAGCCCUCGAACAGCCUGCAGCCACACUAACAGGAGAAGGGACUCAAAGCCAGUUGAAUCUUGAGCGUUCCAAGAGUCGGAUGGGGACAUUUGUGGAGACGGCAGUUUCUACAGCAGCUGAGGGCUUACAGGAUGAUGGGCCUUCUGCUGACGUUCCAGAUAUCUUGGGGAGGCGAAAGUUCAAGUCACCUUCUUCUGAGCAAGAAUCUUAA